GCGGACUUCACACACACACACGAGGCGGCGGCAACGGUUCGCCCAGGGCGACUUCGAUGACGAGGUGGUAGCGCGAACCAAGACUCGCUUGAUGUUGUUGAGAAGGGAGGCGAAGCAAAGGCGUACACGAUACAAGAGUCUGGACAGUUUGCACCUGCGACGCCGAAAGAACUCUGCCCCAUCCAGGUGUGACAGUCACGGAUACAACAACUCCGGCGACCUCUUUGGGAGCGCCGCAAUGCCGGUCAGCCGCCUGCCGUCCACGGUGGGCCGCAGCGGCGGGUCCGGCUCGUAGGGGGGCUCGUAGGCGGGCCCGAGGGUCAGGUAUCGGCAGUUUGAGGCCGCAGCGGCGGCUCCGCUCGCGACACCGAACAGCCCGUUCAGCACGGAGCCGAUGUCCGCCCCACACGCUGCCUCUAGAUUCAGAGUCUGGGCGCAGGUCGCCGCCGCCCCCGACAGGUAGCCUGCCACGUCGGAGAAAGACGACAGGACACCCAGGACGUCAGAAGCGCACGCGGCCCCUGUGUCGAGCUUGUCCCUGUUUGUUUUGUUGCAGUCGCCUGCCGCCAGCUUGAUGUUGUUCGCCGCCUGCGCAAGGUAGACCGCAGAGUCAACAGAGUUGAGGACGCACCAACCGGUGGCCAAACUGGUUAAGCCUGUCUCGUUACCCGCGAUAUGUCGCUCGCCGAGCCCUCCAGCGUCGCAUUGACAAUGCCCUCCGCUCCCCCUGGAGCGGGCAGGGGGCAAUCCACGCUCGCGCCGGUGAGAGCGCCCGCUGCUUCCACGGCGUUGCCGACGAUGCUCACGAGGUUGGAGGCGCACGACACACGCAGCCUCGACGUGUCGACGCACGUGGUCGCAACGCCGAGGAAAUCCGCUGCUGGCUACCCUGCAGCGUUGAGGAUGGACUGCAUCACGUUGAGGAUGUCGGCGGCGCAAUACACUGUGUCGUUCGGCGCGUUGAGCUGGACGCAGUCCUUCAUGGACUGGGCGAUGGCGAGGCCAGCCUGAGUCAAGUAAGUGGUCCCAGCCAAGGCGUUGACUGUGCACGAGGGGACAUCAACGCCGCUGCCGGGUCGAGGAGAGGGGGGGAUAGCGACAGAGGGCGGGCUAACGAGUCAGAAGCAUGCACCUGGCUGUCCCAGCGUUAAGUCGGGCGUGUCCCUCCACAGGAGGAAUAUUCAAAAACAGAUGCGGAUCGGCUCCACGAUGCUGCGGCUCGCACCCCCCGUUGCCAUUGUUC